GUACACCCAUUUCCCUAGAGUAUCCAUUUGUAUCGUCAGUGCGCGACUGAGUCGAGAUUAAAAUUAUUUUUCGAAUUCAGUUCUAAAAUGACAUUCGAUCGCUUAACAUCGCUGUUCCUACUGUGUCUGUGCUGUGACGUGAUCCGUGCACAAGGACACACAAAGGUGUGGACAAUGCCGCAGGAUAAAUUCGUAAAUUUCGGCAAAGAUGAUAUCAAUUGCAUCAAUCAAACGUACAUCUAUCAGAAAGAAGGCGGACUCUAUGUCACCCUUCCCGAACAAGUGAACACGAUCAUUUUACCAAGCACUGGUGCGGUAAUGUUCCAACAAAAUCAGGAAAUUAAAUUCACAGCCCGCAAAGCACAAUGCCACAGCGACAGCUACAACGCGAAUCACUUUAAAUUGCACAUCAUUCAACCGAUGUCCUGGUUCAACACGGACAAUUGGCAGAUCAAAGGAAGGACCCAGCACCAGAAUCGGGCCAUUCCGCACAUCGAUCGCAUACCAUGCGAAUGUGACGACGUUGAAUUUUCAACCAAUCAAAGUUUGUGGAUCGAUAUGGAUUACAUGUCCGAGAUGGUUGUGAAGCAAGUGAAAAUCAAUGAUCGAACCGACGAUUUGAGCAAUUUCCUGGAAACCGGCCUGGGUCAGUCGAUGUUCAUGCAUACGUAUUUCGGAACGUUUAAAGAGGGCAUGUGUGAAGAUACGAAAAGUUGUGGGUGUCACAGUCCGGCCAUGUUUGCCGAAUAUUUGGAGACGGUGUGCCUGAAUUCAGAAGUGUGCCACGAACCGAACUGUCUGGAGCCGAUUCAACCGAUAGGACACUGUUGUCCAAUAUGCGGAGGAGCGAUUCAAAUUAACGUCAACCGUUUGUAUUGUAUGACAGACAUACAUUCUGCCAACGAGUAUAUGCAACUGACAACGUUGAUGCACGACGAAUUCGCCGGAAAAGUUGACGCCUACAUUGGGAUGGUGCGCGGUGCUCAAGAGGACGAUAUCAAAUUGCAAAUUGUUGCCGUUGACAGGGAGGAAUAUAAUGAGCACAGCGUUGGAUUCAUCAACAAAAUGUACAAUGACAACCGCUUCUUUGGUGCGUUCAAAAGCGAAGGUGAUGUCAUGCGCUUACUGUUUUCCGGUCAGCCACAUAUACCUAAUAGUCCAAGCUCCACAUGGUUCAUUGUUUUCAGUUCACUGCUGAUGGUUUUGUCAAUGUUUGGCACGGUUUACCUUUACUACAGCGACGAUUCCAAACUGCGAAAAUACAAUCCGUUCAAUCGACUGCGCGUUUUCACGUCACCAUUCGUGUUCGCACGCUUCGACAAUACACGAGACGACGAUGCGCAGAGUAUCGCUGUUGGCGUUGAGUUCGAAGAACCGCAACCGACCACAUCCAUUUACGAGACCCUUGUGUCGGCAUUCGACAAUCCGAUGUUCAAAGCAAAGAAGGAGAAAAAAAUCGAAACAAUCGGACCGAAUGUGUUGAACAAUGUCAGUACAGAUGGUGACGAUGGUGAAAGCGUUGCGUCGGUGAAAUUGGUUGAGGUCGGAUUGGACUCUAGUGAAGAGUCUUGAACAUAUUACAUCUUGUAGCGAAUAAAUGUCUUGUGAUUGACAAAGCG